AUGGCUUCCUGGUCACAGUGCACACGAAGCGCUCCUGUUGAGGGGUACAGUGAGAAUAAAAAUGUUUUUGGUGUUCGACUCCUGCGCCCGCCACGUUGCUGUUCAAGUGUCUGCUCAGAGAGCGCAACAAAAAAUGUGCGAUCAUAUAUCUACGCCAUUGAUCGUCUGAGCACGAAGCUUCGCAUUCCGCUCUCGGCGACGGAGCCGACACAGGCCCUGCAAGACGACGGCUUGGUGCCGGGAUUGUGCCGUCUCUACCUGGAGGGCCGCUGCCGGCAAGGGGACUUAUGCCACCAGGUUCACGCGAAUCCCAACGUGGUGGAGACAAUUAGGCAGGAGGCCUUACACGCACCCUCCUGUUGCCAUAUGCACGGUGCAAGAUGCAACUUCGAGUCCUUUCCUCUGGGUCUAACCUUCACCUUGGUGGAUGUCCUUAAGGAUAUUCCUAAAGGUCUAAAUUCAUCGAUGUCUAAAGGUAAUAAAGCUCAAAGUGAUAAAACUAACAAGGCUGAGGCUGACAUCAGUGAGAUGGAAAAAAGCCCUAAUGGCGUGGAGCAGAAAUCUGUGCAGCAGCCUUCGAAUAACACUGUUAUCUCGAUUCAUUCGCUCUGCCCGACCACUUACCUAUGGACCUUGUAUUCUAAUAACAUCAGCAGCCACAUCUACUUGCCGAAGAACAAGAUCUGUCGAGAGCAUCGCAAGGGGCUCUGCCGCUUUGGUGACGAGUGCAACUUCCUGCACGUGUGUCGUGAAAUACCCAUCGAUUCAUCUGUCGGAUCCGAUGGAGUCGCUGCUUUGCAUAGUCCAUCCAACUCUUCAAUGUUACUUCACCUUGACAGGUCCAGUGGAAAUCUUCAGCCUGAUGGUCUUGAUGCGUCGUGUAAGUGGCAUCAUUCACGUCAGAUCGGGCUUGCAGAAAGUUUAAACCAGGAAGGUUCACUGAUAGGCUCUUUUGCGAGCUUCAACGAGAACGAAGGCCGUCAGUUAACACCAGAGCAUGUUUCUUUAUACAAUGGUAUGCAUACUUCACAGAGCUUAAACGGAAGAUCCGAGCCUCUCUUGCGCCCAUCAAGUCUGAGAAGAGCUUCAACUAAUUUGACAAAAUCUUCUGUCUCGCAUAACCCAUAUUCGUUUUCUCUUCGAUGA